UUAGAAAACUCGUGCAUAAACCGUACAUUUUCCAAAAAUUAUUUUCAUUUUCUUCACCGUUGAGAAAAUCACAGAAUAUGAAUUUUCUGAUCAGUCACUUUUUAGGCGGCAAAUUUAAAAAGUCUCAGGUAAUUUGAUUAAACGUGUCGAUUGAUGAUGAAAAGUUUUUCGUGCAAUAAAGUUACAAGUACAAAUUAAUACAAAUAUAUCAAAGUUUCUAACAAAAACCUCAAGAAAGUUCUUCAAAUAUUUUUCUGGUCAAAUAAAGUGAUAAAAAAGGCCCUAAACCCGGGCUGGAGGUCGCCUGCCAUUUUUAUUCAUUUUAUGGGGUGAUAUUUGAAACAGCAUCGGCGAUGAGAGAACAAGCUGAGAAGGAAAUAAUUCCAAACAAUAAUUGUUCUUUAUUGCAUUCGACCCUAACAGAGGCAAUCAUCGAAUUGCUAGAUGAGGAAACUCUGGAAAUUUUAGAAAAAAAACUUAUGCAUACAAUCAACAUCAGAUACGGCGAUGCUAUUGAACGAGACUUGAGAAAUGACGAGAAAUUUCGUCAUUUAUUUGAAGAUUUUCCCUCGGCUCCUUUUAACGAUUCGAAAAAAUCAUCAGCAGACUCAAAAAAUAUUAUAGUACCUUCGACAAUUCCUCCCCAAUGUGCUUCACCAUCCGAUACAGUAAAACAACCUGUGAAAAAGAUGCAAACUAAUGCGAAACAUUCCGUAAAACCAUCAAAACCAAGAAAUAAAAUCAAUGGGUACUCCAAUUUCAAAAAGUUACAACCAAAAGUGGAUAAACAGAAAGUUAUUGUUCAAUAUUCCAAUAAUGGAGUUUUUGUAGCACCUGUCGUGCUAAACGAGAAUAAUUUUUUCCCAUCUAUACGUGAAAAUAGACAGACAAACUCGAUGAAAGAUAAAAACGAUUUCUUUCAUUCCAACCAAACGAAAAAAAAAGUGACCAAUAUUAAGCCAAUCAAAGUAUUAAAUCAAGAGAGUAUUAUUGAUAACGGGAAAAUGGCAAAUGUGAUAAAUAAGGUUCCACUAAGAAAGAUACGGACAAUCACACGUAAACCGUUGGCCAAUAGAUCUGAUUAUGAGAUUUCAGAAGAUAGCGCCAUCCCAGCCAGUAGAAGUUCAAUCCUUCCGGAAGUUGAAUUGAUCCAUAAAUCGCAAGAAUUUACAUCGAGUAGUAAAAAAUCUCCAGAGCUAGUGAACAAGGCGAAAUCAGAAGAAAUUGUUGAAAGUAAAGCCAGCCAAGGCAAAGAAAAUUUAGUUUUACUACCGAUGAUCAAUCCUAAUGUGACAAUUUCCAUAAUAAACAAACCUCCCCUCAAAGCGUCAAACAAUAAAAGAAAGAUUGAAUCGGCUGAUAAUCAAACUAAAAAUAUUACUCACGAGACAAGUGAUAAAGUCACGCUUAACGUUUUAGGGACCGAAGCCAAGAAUAUUUCGACAGAAAACAACGACAAAGUGAGUUGGAUCAAAGAUGCAUCAACAAAAAACAUCACCACUUACCUCAGAAAGAACAGCAGGGCAAAAAAAAGUGUCAUCGAAGAAGACAUCAUCAACAGGCUCAGUAGAAUGCUGUUGAAUGGAAUUGAAGUUAAAAAUGCAAAAACAACUUCAAGUUCAACCUAUGGAGAAGAAAAAAAAGUUGAUAGCUUACAGAAAAAAAACACAGAAAUAAACACAAAAUCUGAAAGUGUAUCAGUUGAAAAGGAUCCACAAAUAAUGAGCAAGAGGGAAACAGUUUCAAAAGACGAUGAGAAACAGAAAAGAAAUGCCAUAAAUAUUGAAAAAGAUUUUCCAAUCUCGAUUAGUUUGAACAAAAUAAUCGAUGAAAUGGGCGAAGAAAAACAUUCAUCCUUGAAUUUGAUGGACGUUAUGGACGAUGGUAAAAGGGAAGCUCAAAAAACAACCGAUACUCAGGACAUAAAUGGAAAAAAGAAUGACGAAAACAGAGAAAGUAAUGCUUCUGAUGAUUUAAUCGGAAGUAAAGAAGAGAAAUCUAUAUCAGACAUGAAAAUUAAUGGCUCAAAUGGCGAAGAAAAUAAUAUUAAAAAAACAGUAACUAUCGAUAAAAACGAUAAAUUAUCAAUUGAAGAGGACCUGAAGACAGUUGUUGAAAAAAGAGAAACAGAUGAAGACAUAUCGCAAACUGAAAAAAAGAAAGAAAAAAUAACACAUAAAUUAGCCAAGCACAAAAAUGAUAUCGAAUACGUGACCAUACCAAGUGUGAAUAAGGAAAACAAAAUUGAAAUAAUCAACAUCAAUACUGAACCAACAGAAGAGACCGCAAAUUCUGAAAAAUUCAUUUCUGUCAAUUAUGAAUCCUCAGUUACCACAAACGAUGCUGAAUCAAUUCAAUCGAAUGAUGGUUCAACGAAAGACCACAGUCAAACUUUCUUGGUGAAGAUCAUCUACAAAAAAGACGACCCAAACAUCGAAGACUUCGAUGCCGGAUAUCCCAAACAAACCAUGGACGAAGAACAAAACUUCGACGUCGAGAUCACAAAAGUACCAAAGGAACAAGAAAAGGAGUCGGACGAGAUAAAAGCGAGAAAAAGAACGUGGGAAGAAACAAAAGACAAAGACUCGACAACGAAGAGGUACAACUUAAGGUCUCUGUCUUCGACUGAAAAAGUACAGAAAAAAAGGAUGCGUAGACUGUUCGGUCCCACCGAAAUUGUGACCAGAUCUCGUGUCAGUCUUUAA